AUGGCGGAAGCACGAUGGAAGCACAUUCUCGAUCACGAGAACCUUCAGAGGUCAUCUCAUGUGGCUUCUGUCAUUGGUCACAAUCUCUAUGUCUUUGGCGGCGAACUCGUUCCUAGAGAGCCACGAGAUGAGAAGGUUUUUUCCAUCGAUCUCGAUGCCGCAGAAUUGUCCGUUAUCACCAAGAAAGCUGACUCUACACCCUCUCCUAGAGUUGGCUCAGCAUCUACAGUCCUGGGAGAUCAACUCUACGUCUUUUCCGGUCGUGGUGGGGUCGCCAUGAAACCCAUUGAGCAAAAGGGAGCUCUUUGGUGCUACGACCCACGGACUUCUGCCUGGCUGUUGAUCAACCCAUCAGAUAUCGAUGCCCCUUUUCCAGUCGCACGAAGCUAUCACUGUAUGACCACCGACAAAACCGAUAGAAUCUUCGUCCACGCCGGCUGCCCCGAAAGUGGCAGAUUGUCUGACUUAUGGUCAUUUUCCUUGUCUGACCAAACCUGGACAAGACUCACAGAUGCUCCUGCACCAGAAAGAGGUGGCAGUAGCAUCGCUUUUUCAAACAACAAAGUGUACAGAAUGAACGGGUUUGAUGGCAAAACAGAGCAGGGUGGCUCGAUUGAUGUGUUUGACCUCGCACAGAACACGUGGUCGACGCUGAAUUACUCCGCGGAUGGUAUCUCCGGUCCUGAGGCCCGUAGUGUCAGUGUGCUAUUGUCGCUUUCUUUAAAGGGGAAGGAAAUGCUCCUUACGCUCUUCGGUGAACGAGAUCCAAGCUCUCUUGGUCAUGCGGGAGCAGGCAGAAUGCUAGGCGAUAUAUGGCUCUAUGACACUGCUGAAGAGGCGUGGACGAAAGUCGAGACUAAUUCGUCGACUGCGCCUCCAUCACGUGGAUGGUUCGAUGCAGAUGUGGUAGACGAGUCGAAAGUGGUGAUCACAGGCGGUUUGAGUGAGUCCAACGAGCGGCUUCGAGAUGUCUGGAUGCUGUCCUUCGACGGCAUAUGA